AGGGAGAACAAUUUCAUCAAGGACUUUCCCCAACUGGCUGAUGCGUUGGUGGUCAUUCCUCUACCGGUUGAGGAACAGUGUCGUGGUGUGCUAUCAGAACCUCUUCCCAACCUCCAACUGCUAACUGGGGACAUUCAAUACGAUGAAGCUAUGGGAUACCCUAUGGUCCAACACUGGAGGGUCCGAAGUAACCUGUACAGAGUGAAGCUCAGCACAAUCGCCCUCUCGUCAGGAUUUGCAAAUGUCCUCAAGAUUCUGAACAAGGACAGCAGCCGUGAGGAGCUGCUGUAUUUCAUUCAGCAGUAUGGCUCCCAUUACAUAGCAGAGGGCUUAUACGGCUCUGAAUUUAGCUGCACCAUUCACUUCCCAAGCAAGAAGAUACAACAGCAGCUCUGGUUGCAAUAUCAGAAAG